CACGAAUGGAACCGCUAGCCUUCUUUACAAUAAUACUCCCAUGGCCUUACUAACGACUUCAUUGUGCUGGUUUUCUUUCCAGACGUACGGAAGUAAUGAACAAUACAUGCUGCGCAUUCAACUGCAGAGAGCCAUUGUCAUCAUCACCUUCUGCUGCAUCCCUUGCAUUUCACUGCAUUUGUUUGCGGAACCUGUGCUUCUACUGCUACAACAAAACCCACAAACAGCAAGAGAUGCAGCCGAUUAUAUUCUCUGUGUUUCACCUGGACUGUGGUUUGCAGCAAUUGGACAAUGUUUGACCAAAUAUCUACAAUCACAGAACACGGUGUAUCCGCCUCUAUGUAUAGGCAUCAUUGGCAAUUGUUUGAACGCUCUUCUUCAUUACGUGCUACUCUACGUGAUGAAAGUCGGUGUCCGGUAA